AUGUCCGCACCAAAGCAGCCGUUCCCGCCAGGGAAAGCGCAAUUGCUUUUUGUCAAGUCAAAGGUGUACAUCCAUGUGACCAAUUCGAAGAAAGACAACGUUCCAGGGUACAUUGUGAUCGCCAAACCUUAUAUAGACUCUCCCAAUCUGGAUCUCGUGGUUGCUUUUAUUCCAGAAACAGACGUGGACAAAGAGGACAAGGAGGCUCUAGACUAUUUUGAUCUGUACGGACUGGAUGGAGAAAAUACCAGUUUUUACGGUUCUGGCAGCACAGACAGGGGCUCCACGCAGGAGCUUAUUUCCAGCAGUCAUCUGCCUAAGGUGAACAAGUACAUCACAAGGCCCAAGAUGUCCUCGCUGUCGUCAUACGCUUUUGGGUUGACCAUCUCCAACAUAUACAGUAUCCAGAUCCGCCCCAAGGCCUCUACUUUGUGGUACGGGUCGGUGGUGUUACAUCCUAAAAACUCGCUAGAAAAAGUGCCUGCUUUAUUUUUCCACGAUGACGAGUGCCCAGGGACCAUUCGCGAGGAGAAAUUGAAAAACCAGAGUUUCAAUCCUUUUGCAGAGAACAUGAACGGCGGCCUGUAUUGGGGUGGAGACCGAUUUAUCAGCUGUCUGCGGAAUUACUGUGUGCUGGAGCAGUCUCCUUUGGAAAAGGGCAUGGUAUUGGUGAAUCCUACCAAGGAAGAUAGCAUCAAUUUUAUUCCCAACAUCAUUGACACCAAGGAUCCUUUGGAAAACGCCACACAGACGGUCGACCAGUUCAUUACAAACGCAAAAUGGAAGGUUUUGACCGGACUGGCCAGUAUCACCUCGUUUGCCAGGAAACAGAUCGGCCAGGUAGCAGAAAGCAAUAAGAUACCAGAACCUAUCAAGAAAUUAUUGCAAAAGCCUGAAGUGCGGGUCAUCGGCGACGAGUUUGAUAGUGCAAAUGUUUACUUGGCUAGAUGGGCACUUGCGGUUCAGCAGGAGGCCGAAAAAUCGCGGAAGCUUAUCAUCGGUAAUAAUUACUAUCACCAACUUAUCCAAAGUGAGCUAGGCGAGAAUUUUGGCAAUUUGACGCCAUAUGAGCUGUCGAAGGCUACGAGGCUCAAGCCAGUGUCAGGCAUCGAGUGGACCAAUAUGUUUGAUAGUGCCGGCAGACUGCAAAUAACUGUGGAGGAGGUGAAAGAUCGAAUUUUCCAUGGCGGUCUCGAGCCUUCUGCACGCAAAGAGGCAUGGCUUUUCUUGUUAGGAGUGUUUCCUUGGGACACCAGUCGACACGAGAGAGAACAGCUUAUCCAAUCAUUACAUGAUAGCUACAACGAAUACAAAGAAAAAUGGAAAUCAGAUAUGGAGCGACAGAUGAACGAUGAAUUUUGGAAAGACCAAAAAGUGAGGAUCCACAAAGAUAUCCGCAGGACCGACCGCGACAUCGAAAUGUUCAAGCCUGCUUCUCCAGAGAACGAUAAUGAUGAAGACGACGAGAACGGUGAUUUUGGCAACCCUAACCUCACCGUUUUAAGAGAUAUAUUGUUUUCCUACAAUGAGCUAAACUACAAUUUGGGCUAUGUGCAGGGGAUGAGUGAUCUUCUCUCGCCAGUGUACUACGUGAUACAGGACGAGUCGCUUUCCUUUUGGGCGUUUGCAUCAUUCAUGGAGUCAAUGGAGCGCAACUUUGUCAAGGACCUUAGUGGAAUGAAACUCCAGAUGCAGACACUAAAUGAGCUUGUGCAGUUCAUGAUCCCAGAGCUGUAUCUGCAUUUGGAGAAGUGCGAUGCCAACAGCUUGUUUUUCUUUUUCAGAAUGCUGCUUGUAUGGUUCAAACGAGAGCUAUCUUUUGAGGACACAAUGAGGCUCUGGGAAAUACUAUGGACCAACUACUACUCUUCGCAGUUCGUUCUCUUUUUCGCCCUUGCCAUCAUGGAGAAGAACUCGAAAAUCAUCAUCAACAAUCUGAAUCAGUUUGACCAGAUCCUCAAGUUCAUGAAUGACUUGAGUGGCCAUUUGGACGUUGACGACCUGCUUAUGCGCGCAGAGCUGUUAUUCCUUAAAUUCAGACAGAUGGUUGAGUUACUUGACAGGAAGAACUCGAAGACUGGCGCACACGCUUUGAAGGAGACUACGGAGACGGUUGUUAGCGACGAGCUGCGUCAGCUGCUCUCAAAAGAGCCUGUUAUCCAAAAAGAAGAGCCAAGAACUAGCGACACUCCAUUCGGUUGA